UUUUUCAAACUAGGGCUUUUAUAAGCUUAAACUCUCGGGAAAACCUCAUUUUAAAAUUUUACCCGAAAUCGCCAAUUAUUAGUUAUCUUCUGGGACAUUUUUGAUUUUAUAUGACUAUACUGCAAUGAGGGGAAUCACUAUGAUGAAUUCAUUCUUACAAGCCUCUUCGGCUGCCGUGUUUUCGAAGACUAUAACGAGGAACUCUUUACUAGGGUUUUCCAAUUCUUCUUCAUCUUGGAUAACAAGGGUAAACUAUGCUUGUGUUAAAACUACUAGUUUAGAUAAUAUGUUUAUGAGAUUUGGUGUUCAAUAUUACUCUUCAGCUGUGCGAAAAUCAUCUUCCCGAAAAUCUAAGAAGUUAGGUCCUGAAGCAGUAGUAGUGGAGAAAGAAGCUUUUUAUGUUGUUCGAAAGGGAGAUGUUGUUGGUGUUUACAAGAGUUUAAUUGAUUGCCAAGCUCAAGUUGGUUCGGUGUGUGAUCCAUCUGUUAGCGUGUUUAAAGGGUAUUCUUUACCUAGGGAGACUGAGGAAUAUCUUUGUUCUCGCGGUCUACGAAAUGCAGUCUAUACGCUCAGUGCUGUGGAUGUGAAGGAGGAUCUGUUUGAGAAGCUGGUGCCUUGUCCAUUUGAGCAACCACCUUCUCAAGGUGAUGUAUCAGACAAGUCUUUGCCACCAAGCAGUAUUGAUGAUAGAAAUGGCUCAACCAUUCAGAUAGCGGGUCCGAGCACGAUAAGCAAACAACCUACUGCAGAAGAGGAACAAGGUUCUUGUUUUGUGGAUUUCGACGGUGCUGCAAAAGGAAAUCCUGGACCAGCUGGUGCUGGAGCAAUACUUCGAUCUGAGGAUGGGCGUGUGCUCUAUCGAUUGCGGGAAGGUGUGGGUAUCGCAACCAACAAUGUGGCUGAAUAUCGGGCGAUGCUUUUAGGGGUGAAGUACGCCCUUAAGAAAGGUUUCAAGCGAAUUUCCGUGCGAGGGGACUCCAAACUCAUAUGUAUGCAGGUACAGGGUCUUUGGAAAACCAAGAGUGAGAACAUGAAAAUCUUGUGCAAGGAGGCUAAGGAACUCAAAGAGCAGUUUGAUUCGUUCAAGAUCCUCCAUGUUCUAAGGGAUCUCAACUCUGCAGCUGAUGCUGAAGCCAACUUGGCUGUUCUCCUAGCAGAGGGUCAAAUUGAGGAGGAUUGCCAGUAAUCAAACUUGGAUCCUGUGAUGCUGCUCUUUUUAAAGGAUCGCUGACAUUGUGCCACCUACUUGUUGUUUGGCUCAGUUUUUGGCAGCCUUACAACAGAUUAGUCCAAUAAUUCACGAGCAGGACGAUACAAAAUUUUGAUGGAGAUCAGGACACUGUUACCCCCCGGCUAAGGAAACUUAAUUCAACUUACGUACAUUUUGGUAGCUGAUUCCAGGAUUUUGAAGGUUUAUGUAUUGUAUAUGAAAAAAGAAAAGAAAUUGUUUCUCAUAGAUAUCAUAUGAUAGUGACCGGUAAAUUGUUACAGUUUCCCAUUUAAAGGUACAGUUUAUGUAAGGUGAUAUUUUCCUCGAUACUCUUCAGUAAGUUCAAUAAGAUGUGAAAGAGUAAUGCAGGCAAUAUUACAUUCUGCUCUUCAGUA